CGGCCGAGCGCGGCGCGGCCCUGGCUGUCAGCAGCGCCCGAGCGGCCAUGGGGCAGCGCGGCCGCCGGGGCCGCUGAGACCGCCGAGCCCCGGCCCGGCCCGGCCCGGCGCGGCCCCGGCGCCGCCAUGGAGCUGGAGCCGCCCGCGGAGCUGCCGGAGCCCCGCGCCGCCAGCAAGGGGCCGCCCCGCAGCGCUACAGAUGUGGAGCAGAUGAGUUCCUCCUCUCCUGUCCUCCCUAUGAACUCCAUGGGCAAUGAGCGGGUGGAUCAGAGAACCUGCCUGAUCUGCGGGGACAGGGCCACGGGGCUGCACUAUGGCAUCAUCUCCUGCGAGGGCUGCAAGGGCUUCUUCAAGAGGAGCAUCUGCAACAAGCGCGUGUACCGCUGCAGCCGCGACAAGAACUGCGUCAUGUCCCGCAAGCAGCGCAACCGCUGCCAGUACUGCCGGCUGCUCAAGUGCCUCCAGAUGGGCAUGAACCGCAAAGCAAUCAGGGAGGAUGGCAUGCCAGGAGGCAGAAACAAAAGCAUCGGGCCUGUCCAGAUAUCAGAGGAGGAGAUUGAGAGGAUUAUGUCUGGGCAAGAAUUCGAGGGAGAGGCAAACAUGUCAUGGAGCAACAACGGAGACAGCGACCACAGCUCCCCUGGAAAUGGAGUUUCUGAGAGCAACCAGCCUUCACCUGUUUCUACUCCAUCUUCAAGCAGGUCCGUGGAGCUGAACGGCUUCGCUGCACUCAGGGAUCAGUACCUGGGCACGCCGGUGUCCGCGCACUACCAGUACCUGCCGCACCUUUUCAGCUACUCAGCACCGGCGGCGCUGGCGGCGCCGCAGCCGCGCGGGCUGGAGCCGCAGUCGCACGGGCUCAUCGGGCAGCUGCUGAGCGCCGAGGACCUGGAGCCGCUGGGCACGCCCAUGCUCAUCGAGGACGGGUAUAAAGUGACUCAGGCAGAGCUGUUUGCGCUGCUGUGUCGUCUGGCAGAUGAAUUGCUGUUCAGGCAGAUUGCUUGGAUCAAGAAGCUGCCGUUCUUCUGCGAGCUCUCCAUCAAGGACUAUACCUGCCUGCUCAGCUCCACGUGGCAGGAGCUGAUCCUGCUCUCCUCGCUGACUGUGUACAGCAAGCAGAUCUUUGGUGACCUUGCAGAUGUCACCUCCAAGUACUCUCCCUCUGACGACGAGCUGCACAGGUUCAGUGAGGAGGGCAUGGAGGUGAUGGAGCGGCUGAUCUACCUCUUCCGCAAGUUCCACCAGCUGAAGGUCAGCAACGAGGAGUACGCGUGCAUGAAAGCCAUCAACUUCCUCAACCAAGAUAUCAGGGGUCUGACCAACGCCUCGCAGCUGGAGCAGCUGAAUAAGCGGUACUGGUACGUGUGCCAGGACUUCACGGAGUACAAGUACCCCCACCAGCCCAACCGCUUCCCGGAGCUGAUGAUGUGUCUGCCAGAGAUCCGCUAUAUUGCAGGAAAAAUGGUGAACGUCCCCCUGGAGCAGCUGCCUCUCCUUUUUAAGGCUGUUCUGCAUUCCUGCAAGACGAGCGUGAGCAAAGAGUGAGCGCAGCUGGCCCCGGGCGGUGCCUUACGCUGAGCCUGGGGCGGGAGCGGCGCACCCGGAGAGGGGCAAACGCCACCCAGGCAGGGGACAGGCACUGGCCUCCCUGCCCUCGUAGCAAGGAUCUUUGUUUGUUUGUUUUUGUUUUUUUUACUCCUUUUCCUAUAUAUUUAUUUCACGACAGAGUUGAAUGUAUGAUCUUCAACACGAUGCACAUGGUUCUGUAAGAAUGCAGCAGAUGCAUUCUCCAGCGGUUUACAGAAUGUGAAGAUGUUUAAUGUUACAGUGUUUGUUAGGGUUAGUUCUUUUGUAUUUGGGGCUGGGGACCGAGAUGACUAAGACUACCUCAAGGAGAAGAUGCUGUUCACGCACUGCUCUUUCCAUGAUUUGCAUCCAAAGCAUUUCUCAUACAGAGCUGUUAGUAUCCCAAAGGGACGACUUUGGAGAAGUGGGUGCUAGAGAAGUGCCAAGCUUUUUCUUUAAUUUUAAAAAGGCAGGGAGUGGAGGAGAAGAAGAAGUCUGUCUAGGCAGUUGGUUUCCUUUCCCCUGGCAGUUUCCAGGUGCAGGUUUCCAGUGGGAUGGCUGUGCUCUGAGGGGGUCCCUGGCCCUGUCCUGUCUGGGGAGCUGCGGGUGGGGUCUGCCCCAGCCCCUCCUGGCCAGCUGCCCUCCUACUAUUGCCACAGCACCUGCCAAUUCCUCUGAAAUUGUGUUCCUGCAGUCCAUAACAGGCUCCUGGCAUUACACAAAGGUGCUCCUGUUGCUAUAGAAUGGUAAAGACUUUACUUCCUUAAAAUCCAUUUUAGGUUUACAAAAGCAGGAAAAACCUUAGAGAAGAGGCAGGAUUGCCCCUGUUAAUGUGUUCCUCCAACAUGGUACCUGACUCCUGACUGCAUUGCAGCAAUCCCCAUUUGGGGAGCAGUUAAUGUAUCCCGUGUUAAAUGGGGCCUGUGUAGUGGGGUGAGGGACUCAGUGUCCUCUGGCAUGGCUUUCUCUGCUGGACUCAGGGAAUGGGUGUUCCACAGUCAUAUCCUGCCAGGACUGCCCUGUUCCUUGUGGAAUCCCAGGAAAAAUGACAUUAGUGCUGUACUUGGUUACCUGCUGUGUUCUAGGUCUUGCAAGGCUUGGAUUUUCCAUCUCGCAGGCUCUCCACAACCCCAGAUGGAGAACUGGUUUAAUGACAGCUGAUUAGCUGAUUGAGAGAUUGCUGAGUGCUGGUGUUUAGCUAAACUUGGGCAUUCUCAUGAGUGACCUCAUUAUUUCCUGCUCAUGAUGGGGAGCUCGGAUGAGAUGCUCUUGAUCUCAUCUCCUUCAUUAGGAAUCAAUAUUCAAAGACUCCCUCACUCUCCUAGACAGCCUUGGCUGGAUUUCCUUCCCUGCCUCCUUAGAUGUUAAUCUGGCAUUCACUUAGCAAGGUGGCUCCUCAAUAAGUGUUUGAAUGCUGACUUAAAAAUUCUUGUGGAAACAACUUCUGUUCCUUCAGGGUGGGAGGGAUGAGUCCCUGCCUUCCUGUCUUUCCCUGGUGCCAGCUGCGCGGCACGGAGCGAGCGCAGCUCAGCAGGGCUGCAGCUGCUGUGCAUGAACGUGGUGGUGAGCAGCAGAAAAACCCCAUUCACCAAAGUCGUCCGUCCCUCCCUCCCCUGGCCCAGGGGUGCUCCUGGUUGCUCCAAGGGGGCUGUGACCUGCAGGUUUGGCACGUCCCGGUCCGGCCGUGCCGGUGCUGCCGGCUGCGGUCGCACCGCGCCAGGGCCCUGCUGCUGCCUCACCACGGGCACCCCGCCUGGGCAUCUCCCAGCCCGACGGUUCCCCUCUUCUGAAAACCCAUAGCUGUUAAUUUUGCAUUAUUUAAACAGGAUGUUACGGGUAACAGCUGCUGGGCACGGCAGCGGCUCAGCUCGGUGGAGCUUCGCACCCAAAGGUGGUUCCAUGACUCUCAUUAGGUUCUGACAGUACAAUGAGACACGUGUGUAUUCUCAGGAAAGCCUUCUGCAUACAGCCGAUACCUCACGUGUUCAGGGGAGAUUUUAGUGUACCUGUUUGUAAGUUAGAAUGUAUUUCUCAGCUUUUAAGUUUAAUUUUCAAAUAGCUUGAUAUGAUCUUUUUAUUACGGGUUAUUUCUGGCUUGCUGUUUUAUACACCCAAGGAAUUGUUAAAAUUGCAUAGGAGUAAUUUUAUUCUACAGUUACUGAAUUAUUAUAAUCUGUUGAUGAAUAAGUGUUUUAAUUAGUGUACAUAAAAGCAGUCCUCUUGUUGCCAGCUAUCCAACAAAAAUAAUCUAUUGGGUGAUCUGCGGUUUUCCAAAAUAGCCUCCCAAGACUAAUGCUGUACCAACAACAACCAAAAACCUAAAUUCAGUUAUGAUGACAAACAGACAUGAAUGUUCCACUUUCUGUUGUAGAAAGCAAAUUUUACGAAGGUUGAUUGGCAGCAGUAUCCGUUCCCAAAUACACAUUUGCCAUAGGGAGUAGAAAAUCCUUCCUGAACUGACAGGUAAGGAAGCAGCAAACAGAACAGACAGAAUCACUGGGCAGUCAUUCCUGAUAUCUCCUGCACCAAGUCCUCUAAUGACUUGUAUUUUUUAAACAGGGUAAAUGUGAAUGUGUUGCAUUGCAAACUCAGGUAUUAUGAGAAGGUAGGAAUGUAGCUAGAAAUGUAGAGACGUUAGGUAGAUGUAUUUGUGAAUUUGGUUUGAAGGACACCCUGGAAAGGUUGGAAUUUUUGUUCCAUUCUUCACGUAACAUUCAGUUUACAGGGACUCAUAUUUUAUUUGUGCUUAAUGCUACUAGGGGGAAGUUCAUUAUCUUUGGUAUCUAUCUGCUCUUGCUUAUCUGACCUUCUGUCAUAGAGAAAUCAAUCAACAAUAAUAGUCUUUGGUAGAAUUUUCUGCCAUGACAAGUCAAUUUUUAUCCCCGAUUUGAAAGAUAGAUUGGCUGGCUGACCCCCUCUUCUCCUUCAAAGUGUCUGUGCAGAUAGAAAGCUGAAGAGUUACUUUUAAUCCGAGCAGAGAUUUGGGACAUAAAUUUGAAGUGCUCAGGCUCACGUGCUCAGGAGAGGCUGCCGAGGAGCAGCUGGAAGGGGUCCCUGCUCACAGGGCUCGGUCAGAUCCUGGGGCCUCAACAAAACCUUCUGGAAGCUGAGUGAGUUUUCUGCCCCUUCAGCUCAGGCCCUGCCACGUGGGCUGAGCCUUGCCCCCUCAGUGUGGGCCAGUUGCCAGGCCCUGUUCUCAGCGUGUCCAGCCCUGGGAGAGGGCAGGGGAUGAGCAGAGGGGCCUCGUGCUCUCCACGCUUUCCUUGUGCCCUGGCUGCUGCCCAGCUGAGAGCUGUGCCCGUGCCCCUCGUGUCCUCACCUCUGCAGAGGCACGGCGUGCUUUGGGUCAUCAGGGAGCGUCUGGGUUCUUCUGUAAUUCCUAAAUGCAGAGAUUGGAUUCUUUAACCCUUUGCCAUCUCCCAUCACAGGCCGAAGGGGGGCUCGGUGUUUUCAGAGUGACCAGUGGUCAGUGGCACUGCCAGCUGCAGGGCACCUGCACUGGGGACCUGCCACCCUCGUACCACCCCUUUUCCCAGUUCUGGGUGUUGCUCUGAGGGAGCCCAUGGGAGGCAGGGGUGCCAGCAGGGCUCCUGGGCUGCUCUCCCUCGCUGGUGGGGGCCUUGAUGGCCCUGUCCCCACCCAUGCAAAGGCUCAGGUGUCUCUGCUGCAUCCCUCCCUGUGCCAGUAGGAUCUGCCCUUGCUCCUCAGGCUCUGCACAGACCCACAGCCACUUCAGGUAAAGGAGUUUAAGUCUUGUCCUUCAAACCAACUUUAAAAAAAAAAACCACUUGAAUUUCUUUUACCUUUACUACAUUUUUUAAAAGGAAAAAAAAAAGAAAAAAAAAGAUUCUCCUGUGAAUGUGCUAUUUCUCAUUAAUUCUUUCUUCCUUCUUGGUUUUGAUUUGAAGCUGUGAAGCUCAGUGUCUGUGAAAAUGUUGUUAUUUCUCAGGAUAAUAAGCGGCAAUCAUCCCUGCCACAUGAAAGGCAGGAGAAAGGGGGAAACUUGGGGAACUAGUUAAAGUAUGAAACUAAUUUUUAAGUUGUAGAUGAUGUGUAAAUGGAGGGGAGUGCAUAGCUAUCAGUAUCAAGCUGUGGUGUUUCUCUGGGUUCACAGUGUGUUGUUUCAAUGCACAGAAGCUCAGGGAUAAGUAUUUAAAAUGUGACCCAGAGAAACCCUGGUUUUGAUGUUGCAACAAUUGCUUCUUUCCUGACUUGUCUGGAGGGCCUGCUGAGAGCUGACCAAAGCCCCAUGUGGGGAUGUUGGGGAAAGGUUUUGGGUUUGGCUGUGGGAAUUUGCUCUGCUGAAGGCUCAGCCGUGGUCCUGUGGGCAGAGCAUCCCCAGGGAGCACGGGGCUGCAGGAGGCUGUGCCCCUGCACCACCCAGCAGCUGGGGACCAGCUCUGUCUGUGGGGCUCUAUUCCUGCAUUCCCUCACCCCUCUGCCUUUGGAGAUAAAUGUUUGACUGUUCAUGGAAAAGGGGACAUGGGAAUUUCUCAUUGUACCCUUGGCAGCCAGUUGCAGGGCUCUGUACUCUUAUUUGUUGCUUAUGAAGUCUUAAUUUUCAUCAGUAGAGCUUUCUCACUGUGGUUGCAGGCACAGUCAGACAGAGAAGGGCACUGGUGUGUGACUCUGGCUGGGUUACAGCUGCUAUGAGUGUCCAAACAGCCCCAUCCAGCCACAGACAGGGCCAGCACUGAGUGAGAGUCAGCAAAAGUUUGAAGGGCUGAAAUGCUCUCCCAGCACUCUCAGCCAGGAUCUGCAAAUCUGAGUUUAAGCCAGCCUGGCGAAAAGCUGGGAGGCCAAUCCAGGCAGUGUCUUUCCCUUGGGAAAAAAAAAGGCUCCUGUGAGCUGCCCUCUGACAAGUCCGUGAAAGAAGCAUCAUAGUUCAGUGGAAGAAAUGCCCCCAAGGGCAAAAAGAAACAGAAAUUGAGACCAGAUGACGAUCAACCUUAACAAAGCCUUUUGUGAUUCAUUGUUUUCUUUCAAUUUAUAAAAUGUCUUGUAAUAGUUGAUAACAUUAUUGACUCAAUUUCCAUAACUAAACUACCUCGUGUGACAUCCUGUUUAUCAUCUCAAAGGGAUUGUGUGAAAAACUAAACACUGCCAGUGUCUGUUGCCAGCGAGGAGCAGGGGCUGUGAUUGCUGGAGUUGUGUUUCCCUUCCCUGGGCUGGGGCUUGGCUCCUGUCACUGCUGUGUCCAGUGUCCCUGCCCGGGACAGGGAGGAUGUGGCUCAUGGCACUUUGGGGUUUGUCAGUGCCCAUCGAGCCCCAGGCCUGGUGCCAGCUCAGUGCUGGUGCAGAGGCUGCCUUUGUAACCUGGGACCUCCCAGGACCUGGCAGCUCCUCGUGUGUCCCUCCUGGGGACGCAGCGGGCCGGGUUUGCUGCUUGUGUCGGCCCCUGGCUGGUCUGAGGGAUGUCUCCAGGAGGGUCAGUCCCAGCUUUGGGUCCCUCUUGGUGACGUUCCCGGUGCUGGUUUCUGCCGUUCAUUUUUCUCACAAUCCCUUGUGUAAAUCAGGGAAGCAGGAUGUUGCCUCGGCGUGACACACGGUGAACAUUGGCACACCCCGAGCCGGGGCUGGGGCGGCAGCGAGUGCCUGGCCCCGCGUCACCACGACCAAAUGAAUGUUUGUGCCAGCGGGCCCGCGCCAGCCCUGCCCCGCUGCUCCGCUCCGGACUUGACUACCUGUGGAAAUGUGACCAAUAAGUGUUGAAUGCAUGUUUAGUGAGUGUUUAGCUGUAUGAACUAAUAAAUGUGAAAUGUUCUGCA